UAUGCUUUUGGUCUACUGAAGCUAUCCGCGUAUAGCAACACGGCGUCAUCGGUGAGUUCGAGAGAGGAAAUGGCGGGUUUAAACUUGUGGCUGAGAGAAACAAAUUGCGGGGCGACAGAAGUCCUGACAUAUGUGGCUGAUCUCCAGUGUGGCUGAUGUCCCCGACUUACGUAAGGCAAUUCAUGAACGCACAGUACGUACCGCCCCUCGACCGAGACAGGACAGCUGGAGCUUGAGCAUCGCAAUCAACAAUUCCCAGAGCUACCCCCUCCAAGCUCCCACGCCCAAUCCCUCCAGGGCCACAACACAGACUCGCCAACACACAUUGACUCCACGACAGUCAAUGGCCCAUACCCGCCCAUCAUGACGACCCGCGAAGAAGAGGACCCCUCCUACAUCGACUACGAAGCCUUUCUCGAUCCCGAAUUCAGCCCCUCCUCCUUCGCAAAUACCCUCGUUCUCGCAACGAACAACCCCAACGAUGCGCCCCUAGAUCUCUCGACUCCCCUCUCCCGCGUGCUAUUCGACACCCAAGAGAUCGAUUCCCACAUCGAUGUCCUGACGACAAAGUCUGCAGCCCCUCUCCUGCAAUACACGAAAGAGCAGACGACAUCCAGCAAGCGCAUUAUUUCAGAGCUCGACGCCCAAAUCAAGAACCUCAACGACAGCUACAAGCAGCUCGAGAAGGAGGUCAUUGAUAAGCAUGCUGAGGCCGAGGAAGUGCGGCAGGUUGCGACGAGGCUAUGGGAGACACUGAAGCUCGGUCGCUCUGUGGGACGUUGUCUGCAGCUCGGGAGGCAGCUUGAGGUCCAGCACACUGAGAUCGCGGGGUCCAGCGUCAGUGCUGCGGCCGCUGCUGCUGGGAAGAAGGAGGACCACCGAGCGCUGGUACGGUGUUCGCAUACCAUCUUGUCUCUACGAGAGGUGCUUGAUAAUACGGCGCCAGGGGAAGAGGGUCACGGUCUGGGCAAGGUCGAUGCGAUUCGCACUCUUCGGGAGUCUAUAAUCACCCCGGUUGAGAGAUCUGUCAAGGAGACGGCAGAGAAGAUUAUUCGCGACUUUGCGAUUCCCAACUCGGCUACCUUUGCGCAGGGCGAGGAAGUCAAGGCAAGGACAGUAUCGGCCAUGAUCACGCUGUUCCUGCUCUCUCCGGCACCGACGCAAAAGACGGAACGAUGGACGCCGCAGCUACUCCUGCAGAGCCUGGAGACAUACUUCCGCUCGGCGCUACAAUCGUCUAUUGCCUCGCUCUCGCGCUCGCUAGGCCAGCUUCCCUCCCUCGAGCGUACUCUUGCCGAAAUCUCGGCGCGGUGCCAGAACAUCGUUGCUCUCGAGCUUGUCCUCGAGUCCACGAAGCUGCCUGCGCACCCACUCGUGUCGGCGCCUCAGAAGCAGACCAAUAUGCUGCAGCCUUUGUUGGCGUAUCUGGAAACAGGUAGCCUACCGAGCUACUUUUGGCGGACGAUGGCUGGAAACCUGGGCACGAGGGUACAGGAGAUUGUGAAUCGUGGUGGGGUGUCUGCGCGCACGCUGAGGUCCAAUAGGGCGAGCGUUGGCGAUGCUGUGAGGGAGUGUGUUGUGAGAGGGUGCCAGAUGCCGAGUGCGCUCAAGGGCAAGGGAAGAGGGGAAGGCAACUGGGAUCGAGAGGUCGCUGUCAUGGUAGGCAGUGUUGUCAAUAACCUUGGUCGCUAGUGUAUGUUGAGGUCUAUACGGUGUUGAGUCACAGCCACCAAUAAAGGCUAAGACGGAGAAGCAUAGAUAGCGCUUCCAAUGGAAGCCGAGAUGCAAUUUCAGAACGAAAAAUCACCAAC